AACUAGGGUACCACUUACCAUGGAUCCAAGAAAUCACAGACUCUCCCUAAAAGUUAUGAGGCUAACGAGGCCUUCCUUCGCUUCUUGUCAGCCUGUCGUUUGUGAAUCUCAAGAUAUCCUCGGCGACACUCUGCUGGAUGUAAUGAAACAGGAUAUUCGAACCACCGAGGGUGUGGAGAGAUUCGCAUUGAGUGGAGUGCUGUCACUUCCUCAGACAUUUGGAAACAUCUUUCUUGGAGAAACAUUCACUUGUUACAUUUGCAUUCAUAAUGACAGUGAGGAGAUAACAACCGACGUUCAAGUCCAGACUGAUCUGCAGACUUCUGCCCAGCGGUUACCACUCGGUAACAGUAGCAUAGUGAGUAAACUAGGUCCAAACGAGAGUGUUGAUGAAGUACUUCAUCAUGAAGUCAAAGAGUUGGGAACUCACAUCCUCAUCUGUGGUGUACAUUACGUUACUGCUCAAGGGGAAAAGUUGUACUUUAGAAAAUUUUUUAAAUUUCAGGUUUUGAAGCCGCUGGAUGUUAAGACCAAGUUUCAUGAUGUCAAUCAUGGCAAGGCAUUGCUAGAAGCACAGAUACAGAACAUCACUCCUGCUCCGAUGUAUAUGGAAUCGGUCACUCUGGAGCCAUCACAGAAUUACGAUGUAGUCGACCUCAAUAUAUUCUGUGGCCAGUCUGACAUCAAAGAGCUGACGUUUGGAAAAAAUUCGUAUCUUAGUGCUGGAGACUGCAGACAAUAUUUGUAUCAGUUAACUCCGAAAGCAACAUUUGCCGUUGAUCGCAAGAAGGCUAGUGUCUUAAAUGUUGGGAAACUCGACAUGGUGUGGAGAACAGCGAUGGGAGAACGAGGUCGACUACAGACAAGUCAACUACAAAAGAUGCACCCAUUACCAAAAGAGCUCUCGGUCAUCGGAGAAAACAUACCAGAUGUUGUACAAAUAGAACAACCGUUGGAAGUUUCCUUGAGAAUUACAAAUAACAGUGGUAAAGACAUGUCUCUGCGGCUUGUCCUAAGCAAGUCCAAGACAAUUGGCAUCCACUGGUGUGGUACCACGGGCAAGUAUCUGGGAGAAAUAGAAAACGAAGAGAGUCUAACAAUAAAAGUCAACAUUUUGCCAGUGCGUCCAGGACUACAGACAAUUGGUAUGUUGUCCCUCACUGAUACGAAAUCAGGGAAGACGCACAAGAUAGACGAAAUUGCACAAGUUUUUGUAUACAAUACGCCUGAUUCGCCAUUUCCGCACUUGUCUGCAUCUUUUAAAUAAAUCAUUUCAAAACUUUCAUUUAUUUUCUUUCCAAUAGAGAUCGGUAUUCUGAAAUUUCAAUACCUGAGAGACAAGUCAACUCGUAACUAUACAAUUAGACGGAUACAAUAGUAACUGAAUAUUGAAUAGUACCUCGUUGCCCCAGCUUGUCCAUCCUGGUAAGAGAUUACGAGCAAACAGUUCCAGGCACUUUGCAUCUUUUGGCAAGUACUGACGCAUUACAUCUAAAGAAAAAGAGCCAGUGACUGGUGACAAUAUAAUACGGUUGUGUGUUGCGUAGAAAUAGACAUUAUUGUGGCACAUAAUAGUGUCCAGGAGAGAUGAGAGCAGAUCCAUUGGGCCACUUGCGAUGACAUGAGGACUUGCCCUACAUAGCGGCUUAUUGGGGUGAAGCGAUAGCUCAUUGGAGUACAAAUACAGAGCAUCUACCAACAUUGAUCGAUCCUGACAAACCCCACCUAUUGAUAUUAGACACUCACUGCUUUCCCCAAUAGUUAAUUAAGAGAGACGGUUGUGGGUGAGUUUAUUGCCUGACGUACAAUGCCAUAACCAUCUU